AUGUAUUCAGGUUGGUCACCAUUUUUGAGAGAGAAGUUUUGGAAGAAAGAGUUAGUAGGGAGGGGUGUGGAUAGAAGAUUUGAAGAGAAGAAGUUGGAGGGGUCAGGGAGGACAGUUGAGUUAGCUUGUGGGAAUAGAAAAGGCAUUUGUUGGGUUGAAAAUAUCUUUAUUAAACUAGAGAAGGAUAUGAAGAAGUGGGAUGCUGAGUUUGUGAAGGUUGAUCAGGAUACACUUUUUGAUCUUAUUUUGGCUGCCAACUACUUGGACAUCAAGAGUCUGUUGGAUCUUACAUGCAAGACUGUGGCAAGCAUGAUGGAUGGUAGGAAACCGGAUGAGAUUCGCAGGACUUUCAACAUUAAGAAUGACUACACUAAGGAGGAAGAACAGGAAGUUUGUCGCGAAAAUCAGUGGGCUUUUGAAUGA